CGGGAUGCCGUCAGCCCUCUGCCAGCAUCCUCACUUCCGCCUGCGGGACGGGGACCCGGAAGUGUGAGCUAACCCGGGGCCGGGGGUGUAGGGACGCUGCCAGGCUCCCGAGAUCGCCGCCGUUCAUUUUGAAGUUUUUAAAUACAAGCUGUGGAGUGCGUUCUUUUGUUAAAAGGGAAACAUGUCUGUUCUUCAAAGUUUAGAAACCAAAGGCACCCUUACUUCAACCCCAAUCCGAGGAGCAGGAGAUGGAAUGGAAACUGAGGAGCCGCCUAAAUCUGUUGAGGUCCCCUCUGGCGUGCAGUCCGUCCGGCAGCACGUUCUUCAGAGUCCACGGAAGAAAGCAGUUCCAUCGGAGAGCCCAGGAGUCCUUCAGCUAGGAAAGGUUCUCACUGAAAAAGCAGUCGAAAUCGAAGCUGUAAGAAUAUUAGUUCCCAAAGCUGCUAUCACUCACGACAUCCCCAACAAAACUGCCAAAGUCAAGUCUCUGGGACAUCACAAAGGAGAACUCGCAAGGCAGUCCGAGGCGGUCUUAGAACCUAGCAGCGAACUUGCAGAAUUAAAGAAUGUACUGGAAAAGCUCAAGAACUCUGAAAGGAGGUUACUGCAGGAUAAAGAAGGUCUCUCAAACCAGCUCCGCGUGCAGACAGAGGUAAAUCGCGAGUUAAAAAAGUUGCUGGUAGCUUCUGUUGGAGAUGAUCUUCAGUAUCACUUUGAACGUCUAGCCCGUGAGAAAAACCAGCUUAUAUUAGAAAAUGAAGCCCUCAGCCGAAACACAGCUCAACUCUCCGAACAGUUAGAACGCCUCUCAAUACAGUGUGAUGUGUGGCGAAGCAAAUUCCUUGCAAGCAGGGUGAUGGCAGAUGAGUUAACCAAUUCCAGAGCAGUUUUACAGCGUCAGAAUCGCGAGGCACAGAGUGCCAUCCAAGAUCUCCUAAGCGAACGGGAACAGUUCCGGCAGGAAAUGGCCGCCACCCACAAGUUACUUGAGGAACUCUUAAUCUCACUUCAGUGGGGAAAAGAACAAACCUACUCCCCUGGUGCACAGCUCUACAGCACCACAGAACUAGCACUGGCAAAUCACAGUCUGGCAAAGGCAGUAAACACUCAUCUUCUGGGAAAUGUUGGCAUGAGCAGUCAAAAAAAGAUUCUGUCCUCUGUUGAGUUUUGCAGCACUCCAGCUGAGAAAAUGGCUGAAAAGAUUCUACACAUUUUGGAUCCAGUUACCUGUACAGAAAGCACCCCUGAUAAUCCAUUUGCUGAGUCUUCACCAACCACCUUACUUGCUACAAAGAAAAAUAUUGGAAGAUAUCAUCCCUAUACCAGAUAUGAAAAUAUAACUUUCAAUUGCUGCAAUCACUGCCAGGGAGAACUUAUUGCCCUUUAGCAUUCUGUAUGUUGAAGGCAUGGUGCAAGCACUUGUGUAUUACCUAACAGUUAUUAUUUGGAGCCUGGAGUUCUUAUAAUGCUAAAAGUAGUAUCAUUUCCUAUUUGCAUUAUUCCCAAAGAUGCUCCAUGUACUGGUUUCCAGAUUACCCUUUCUUAAUAAAUAUCUCAGGGUAAGAAAAGAAUGAAAGUGUGAAAACAGAAAAUACUUUCUAGGAAACAACAAUGCUUUUCAUAAAGGACUAUAAAAGAGAAAUAUUUGUAAAUUUCUUUUAGGCCCUAAAUUAUUUUUUAAUUUAAUUAAUUUAUUUAAAAGGCAUAGAGAGAGAGAGACACCUUCCACCCAGUGAUUCCCUGCCCAGAAUCCAACAGUGGCUGGCACUGAGGCAGGGCUGAGCCUGAGAGCUGGCAUUCCCAUCCAGGUCUCCCACAUUGGCGUCAACAGCCUAACUAUUUGAGCCGUUACCACUGCCUCCUGUGGUCUGUAUUAGCAGAAAGCUGCAAUUAGGAGUUGGAGCUGAGCCCCAAACCCAGGUACUCUGAUUUAGAAUAUAAGUGUCUUUGGUACAAGGUCACAUG